AGGCGCAAGAGAGGGUGAUCACGGGAUUCAAGGCUCACAUACAACCCAACACAGCAUGGCUGGAUCGCCGACCCUGUCCCAGUCCCUGUCCUUGGCCCUGUCCCUGUCCUUGGCCCUGCCGUCGACCCCGUUGACCCCGUCGACCCUGUCCUGAGUCCAUCCACCUCUUGGCCGGUCCCGACCCUGGCGCUUCCCCCGCUCGCCCGUCGCUGACCGAUACCGGUUAUAAAGGCGGGGAAGCGCCAGUGACUGGCUUGGAGCCUCAGCGCUGAGCCCACGAUCUCGAUCGGAGAGCAGCCAAUCUCCUUCCACCGGAAACGAUAACCACUCAGCCAUGACAAUCAAGAUCCUCCUGUAUCUGUUGGCGAUCGUCUGGGCAGUCGCUGGCGCCCCAACCUGUGCGCAUCGUGGACGAAAGAACCACACAGUCACGAUCCGGUUGAACAACUUGCACUACAUGGACGGUGCUGCUAGAAAUGCAAACCAGAACCAGGCUUCCACUACGCCUAAUCUUGUGUACUACGGAGGACCAGUUAUCUCCAACGUUCAAAUCAUUCCGAUCUACUAUGGCAGCAAUGUGAAUUUCAUCACACAACUGAACACGUUCUACAAAGCGAUCGUCGGCUCGAAGUAUAUUACUUGGCUAUCUGAAUACAACACCCCAACUCAGAAGAUUGGAGCGGGAACAUUCGGGACCCCUGUUGCUAUCACAUCCGGACUGCAAGCCAACACGAACGACGCAGCAAUCCAGACCUGGUUGUUGAGCUUGGUAUCCCAGAAGAAGAUCACCCCCACGGCGAACACAUACUUUCCGAUCCAUUUCGCAAAAGGAAUCACGAUCACAUCAGGAACAGAGAAGUCCUGUGUCCAAUUCUGCGCAUAUCAUGGAACUGUAAAGCUACCUGCAGGAAGCAAAACUCCAUACCUUUACUACGGAGUCAUUCCCGAUCAAUCCGGAGGUUGCGCAAGCGGAUGCGGCGCCAAUCCCUCCGCCAUAAACAACCUGCAAUCUGUUUCCUCGCACGAGUUGGUUGAAUCUAUCACGGAUGCUGGGGUCGGACAGGCAACGACAUAUUCGACCCCGCUCGCUUGGUAUGACCAGGUCAAUGGCGAAAUCGGUGACAUUUGCAAUGGAGUUCAAGGAUCAGUCAAGGGAACUGACGGGAACAGCUACAUUGUCCAAAAACAGUGGUCGAACUCCAGGAAGGUUUGCUACGUGCCCACGUAGGAGCAAACAUAAUCAGAGAGGGAACAAGGAGCCCGGGAAAAGGCUCAAUAUGUAAAGAGAAUCGAAUAUAAAACAACCCCUGAACAAAUACAUGAG